AUGGGUGACACACGAUCUACCACUAUAAAGAUUGUGAACUCAACCGAUUUGAUACUCCAACUUUCUGAUCCUCAACCGCUGAAACUCGGCCAAUGGGCGAUUUCUCCGCCCGCCGAGAUCGAUCAAGGCCAAACGUCUCCGACCUUCGAAGCAAUUGCCGGUUUUGCUGAAGCUGGUGUAGACGGUAGCGUCACUUAUACCAGUCAAGCUGGUGCAUUCACGUUUUACUUCACCAAUCCCAACACCGGCCCGAACACAUAUAACGCAAAAGGUCCAAAGAACUAUAAGGUCGAUCAUACAACUGGUGCAGGUGAAGUCGCGACUGUGACCUUCUCAAUUGAGAGCGAUCCUACUAGUCGCUAA